CUCCUAGGCCAGCACAGGCUCAGGAUCAUCCAUCCAUAAGAUUUCUGCAGGCUCAAGUCCUCACUGUGGCCAAGUCUUGGCAGCAGGAACUUCUAGUACAUAAACAACAAGAUAAAAUCUCUGGUUCCCUUGGAUUAGGGAGGUGGGGCCCAGAUUUUUCCUGUUUUGUUACUGAGCUUCAGGACAGAAUCACCUCACCAGAAUGCCACUCCCUCAGUCUGUGGAAGAGCUAUAAAGCCACUCCUGCCUCAAAGUACAAAGAGAGUGAAGAACAUGGCCAAGCGAGUUGCAAUUGUGGGAGCUGGGGUCAGUGGCCUGGCCUCCAUCAAGUGCUGCCUGGAGGAAGGGCUGGAGCCCACCUGCUUUGAGAGGAGCGAUGACCUUGGGGGGCUGUGGAGAUUCACUGAACAUGUUGAAGAAGGCAGAGCCAGCCUCUACAAGUCUGUGGUUUCCAACAGCUGCAAGGAGAUGUCUUGUUACCCAGACUUUCCAUUCCCAGAAGAUUACCCAAACUAUGUGCCAAAUUCUCACUUCCUGGAAUAUCUCAGAAUGUAUGCAAACCAGUUCAACCUUCUGAAGUGCAUUCAAUUCAAGACUAAAGUCUGCAGUGUAACAAAACAUGAAGAUUUUAAUACCACCGGUCAAUGGGAUGUAGUCACUCUGUGUGAAGGAAAGCAAGAGUCAGCCGUCUUUGAUGCUGUCAUGGUCUGCACUGGUUUUCUCACUAACCCAUAUUUGCCAUUGGACUCCUUCCCAGGCAUAAAUACUUUUAAAGGCCAGUAUUUCCAUAGCCGACAGUAUAAACAUCCAGAUAUAUUUAAGGACAAGAGUGUUCUUGUGGUUGGAAUGGGAAAUUCGGGCACAGACAUUGCUGUGGAGGCCAGCCACCUGGCAAAAAAGGUGUUCCUCAGCACCACUGGAGGAGCAUGGGUGAUCAGCCGUGUCUUUGACUCAGGGUACCCAUGGGACAUGGUGUUCAUGACACGAUUUCAGAACAUGUUCAGAAAUUCUCUCCCAACUCCAAUUGUGAAUUGGUUGAUAGCAAAAAAGAUGAACAGCUGGUUCAAUCAUGCAAAUUAUGGCUUAAUACCCGAAGACAGGAUACAACUAAGAGAGCCUGUGCUGAAUGAUGAGCUCCCAGGCCGUAUCAUCACUGGGAAAGUGCUCAUCAAGCCAAGUAUAAAGGAGGUGAAGGAAAACUCCGUGGUAUUUAACAGCUCCCCAGAGGAAGAGCCCAUUGAUAUCAUUGUCUUUGCCACUGGAUACACCUUUGCUUUCCCCUUCCUUGAUGAGAGUGUAGUGAAGGUUGAAGAUGGCCAGGCAUCACUAUACAAGUACAUCUUCCCUGCACAUCUGCAGAAGCCAACUCUGGCUGUUAUUGGCCUCAUCAAACCCUUGGGCUCCUUACUACCCACAGGGGAUACACAAGCUCGGUGGGCUGUUCGGGUCCUGAAAGGUGUGAAUAAGUUACCACCAUCAAGUGUCAUGAUACAGGAAGUUAAUACAAGAAAAGAAAACAAGCCCAGUGGGUUUGGCUUGUGUUACUGCAAAGCUUUACAAUCCGAUUAUAUUGCAUACAUAGAUGAACUGCUGACCUAUAUCGAUGCAAAGCCCAACAUGUUUUCUCUGCUCCUGACGGAUCCACACCUGGCUUUGACCAUCUUCUUUGGCCCAUGCACACCAUACCAGUUCCGCCUGACUGGUCCAGGGAAAUGGGAAGGAGCCAGGAAUGCUAUCAUGACCCAGUGGGACCGAACAUUCAAGGUCACCAAAACUCGAAUUGUAAAAGAAUCCCCAUCUCCCUUUGCAAGCUUACUUAAACUCUUUAGCUUUCUAGCCUUGCUUGUGGCCAUUUUCCAGAUUUUCCUCUAAGUAUUACUGAAUGGAUUAUUAAAUGCACUGAGUAGACGGUUAGUACUCUGGCUCCUCCACUGCAGCAGCAUUGCCUCCCCAGCUAUGAAUCAUAUUUGAGUAGUGAAAGCCACCCAUGCCCUUCCCUGGCUAGCUUAAGCAUUACCACUAAUACUCCCAAGUGUCCUCAGCUCUACCUGCUUCCAAUGCUAGAGGAAGAUAACCAAAAUUUCUGUGCAUUUGAAAGCUGCUAGAAGGUUCAAGGUUCAUUUUAGAAGGGAGGGCUGUCCCAGACAGCACUCUGAGCAAUUAGGCCUCUUUCCUAUUUUCAUAGAUCUCGACUAAAAUUCCCUACUUCACAGAAGAUUUUGUUGUACUAAAAUCAGUUGAUUUUGUUGUACUAAAAUGGUAUCAGUUGAUUAAAAAUAAAAAGAAAGGAAAGUCUAGAAAUUA